GUUUUGCGGGGAAGUGAUCAACGUGCCUUUUUAAAUUGAUAAACGGAACAGUUUAAUAGCCCUGCAGUACAGUAUGGUUUAGAAACUCUGUUGUAGCUUGCUAGAUGUCAAACAGGAAAUGACAUAGCCAGGUCUGCCAUGUUUACGCAGGCGACGGGCGUGUGUUGUGCGAGUUUCUUUGAUGAGCUCUGCAGAGUGAAAAUGCAAAGGACUUGACUUCUGUAAAGUUAUAACUCACCGGCAUUGGUAUAAUUGAAGUUAAUGUCUUAUGCAUGGCAAAGCUUAAGAACCUUAUUCGGUCAUUCAAAUUAAGAGUAGUUUUAGCUGGCUACAUAUCGUUGCUAUUUAGCUCGCUAGCUUUCUCCACAACAAGGAGGCGGGCGGAAGUAGCUAAUGCAUGGUAGCUAGCUGGUAAGCCUCAGUUCCGUUUUUAGUAUAGUUUGGUGGACAUUGGUUAACCUAUAUUGUGAGUGAGUGACAAUAAGAGCUAGCCGACUUUCGCCGUUACAAGCAAGCCAUGGCUGAAUUCCAGAAAGCUGACCAUUCAGAGCAUAAAGGCGAGCCAGACAAAGAGACAGAGCAGCCAUCUCAGGCUGGAGCAUCAAUGGAUUCAGUGGACCCUGGAGCCUCACACAGCAAUACAGCCUCGGCAGAUGGGAACAAUGGGGAUGAUGCUACCAAUGCAGUCAGUGCAUGUUCCUCCUCAAUUAUAGACGGGGCAGGGGAUGCUGGUAAUUCAGGACAUGUGAGGGAAACCGAUGCAGAGGAUUCACAGAUGGUGGAAGAAACUGUAAAAACGGAUGCCUUGCUGACUGUGGUAGAAAUGGACAUUAAAGAGUAUUCACAGACUGAAAGAGAAACAGCCAGUGUGGAUGUUCCACAGACGGAAAGAGAAACAGCCAGUGUGGAUGAUCCACAGACGGAAAGAGAAACAGCCAGUGUGGAUGUUCCACAGACGGAAAGAGAAACAGCUAGUGUGGAUGUUCCACAGACGGAAAGAGAAACAGCCAGUGUGGAUGUUCCACAGACGGAAAGAGAAACAGCCAGUGUGGAUGUUCCACAGACGGAAAGAGAAACAGUCAGUGCGGAUGCCUCACAGACGGCCAGAGAAACAGUCAGUGCGGAUGCCUCGCAUACGGCCAGAGAAACAGUCAGUGUGGAUGCCUCACAGACGGAAAGAGAAACAGUCAGUGUGGAUGCCUCACAGACGGAAAGAGAAACAGCCAGUGCGGAUGCCUCACAGACGGACAGAGAAACGGCCUGUGCGGAUGCCUCUCAGACGGAAAGAGAAACGGCCUGUGCGGAUGCCUCUCAGACGGAAAGAGAAACGGCCUGUGCGGAUGCCUCUCAGACGGAAAGAGAAACGGCCUGUGCGGAUGCCUCUCAGACGGAAAGAGAAACGGCCUGUGCGGAUGCCUCUCAGACGGAAAGAGAAACGGCCUGUGCGGAUGCCUCACAGACGGAUAGAGAAACGGCCUGUGCGGAUGCCUCACAGACGGACACAGAAACGGCCUGUGCGGAUGCCUCACAGACGGACAGAGAAACAGCCGGUGCGGAUGCCUCACAGACGGACAGAGAAACGGCCUGUGCGGGUGCCUCACAGACGGACAGAGAAACAGCCGGUGCGGAUGCCUCACAGACGGACAGAGAAACAGCCGGUGCGGAUGCCUCACAGACGGACAGAGAAACAGCCGGUGCGGAUGCCUCACAGACGGACAGAGAAACAGCCCCUGUGGAUGCCUCCCAGACGGAAACAGCCCAUGCGGAUGCCUCUCAGACAGUCAGAGAGAAAAUUGGUACAGAUGCACCCCAGACUGUGGAAGAAAUAGGCAGUACAAGUGGUUCACAGACUAAUGGAGAAACAGACAUACCCCUGGACAUGGGAGUAGUGGAUGCUGACGAUGAGAUGGAGGUCAAUGCUAUCAAAGUGGAGGAUGACCAGAUGCAGGAGGAAGACAACUUGGAGGGGAUGCCUGUGAUAACAGCUGUGGAAGAGGGAGUCAACAUGGUUGCUUUUAGCAGCAACUCCCUGGAUCAUGGGGAUGAGGUGGAGAAGAUGGACACGGGGACAGACUCACUGACAGAGAAUGAGGUAGAGGAGCCCAGCAAGACCGGGCAAGUGGAGAAGACUAAUUCCAUGCUUUCUAUCAUGGAUACAGUCUCCAUGACAGGAGACACAGAGCAACCUGCUGAGGAGACCAGCUUUGUGAAGGCUAGCAGCUCGUCUCUGCCUAUGGAGGAGGACCAAUCUGAAGAUGUCAAACCGUUUCACCCCAGUCCCACCACCUCUAGCGAAGCUAUUCACCCACAGAACAGUGAAGGCAUCGACUGUCCUGCAGGGCUGGAGAAUGGAGUGGCAGGACAGCCAGUCAAAGUUGUGGCUUUUGCCCAGUUGGCAGCUGAGCCUGUGUCCACCAGCGCGGAAACCAUCUCCAUGGUCAAGGUGAAGGAUGAGCCCGUGGACGAGGAGUAUGAUCAGGCCCUGGCUCCAGCGGUCCUCUCAGAGGGCGUCAAGGAUGAACCAGACGCAGCAGAGGAGUUGAAAAUCAGCAACGUCUUCUCUGUGGGCGGCUGCCCAACUACGAACGGUUAUGCAUCCCCUUCCCUCAAUCUCCACCCAUCCUCGCCAUCCCUCUCUCCACUAUUAGCCGUAUCCACGCCAGUGGCUGCCCUGCCUAAGACUGUAAUACCUGCCCCAGCCUCUUCCUCCAUCCCUCCGCUGAUCCCCAUGGCUAUGCGGGUGGCCUGCUCGGCCUGUAAGAAGGUGCUGCUGAAGGGCCAGACGGCCUACCAGAGGAAGGGCUCCUCGGACCUCUUCUGCUCCACAUCCUGCCUCACCUCCUACAGCCCCCCGCCCGUCAAGAUGACUGGCCCAGCCAAGAAACCCUGCCACUACUGCCUCAAGGAGAUUGCUAACCCCAAGGACGUGAUCACAGCUCCUGUGGACACCAUGGGCACGGUGAAGGACUUCUGUAGCCAGACCUGCCUCUCCUCCUUCAACUUCAAGCGGAACUCUGCCGUCUCCACUCUCUCCUCCUCCCUGUCCACCAUGACAGGGGCCGUCAAGUGCAGCAUGUGCAAGAAGGCCUGCGUUAGUAAACACGAGGUGAUCUUCCAGGGCAGUAUGCAUAAGCUGUGCAGCGAGGUCUGCUUCACGCGCUUCCGCUCCACCAACAAGCUGUCCAUGAACAGCUGCCAGAGCUGCAACAACUACUGCUACGGCAAGGUCACCGUGCUGGUCGUGCAGGGGGUCAAUAAGACCUUCUGCAGCGACGGCUGUGUCGCCACCUUCAAACAGAAAGCUAAGAAGCCUGUGCCAUGUACUAUGUGCCGCAACUUCCGCUCACCGGUGGAGAUGUUCGACAGCGCCGACUCUGACGGCAAGCUGGAGAUGUUCUGCUCUACUGGCUGUGUUACAGCCCACAAAGUACAGACUGUCAGCUCCUCGGGUGCUCGGGUAGAAUGCAACACCUGUGGUCAAAAGACAGUGCCCUCCUUCCACCUGGCCAUGUCGGACGGCUCCAUCCGGAACUUCUGCACCAUGAACUGUGUCGUCACCUUUCAGGAGCAGUUCAAUAAGAGCAACUCCCAGAGCCAGAUUAAUGUGGCCCCCAGCACAGGGUCCACAGCUCCGCCCGCGGCCCAGACCAGGGACAAGGUAUCCCAAGGGACCCGACUGCCCUGCUUCCAUUGCCACCGCCUCUUCUCCUCCAAGCCCGAGCUCAUUCAGUUCAAGGAUAAGAUGGUAUUCCUCUGUUCUGUAAAUUGCUCUGAGGAGUACAAGAAGAUCAACUGCGAGAUGGCACGCUGCGAGUACUGCAAGAUUGAGAAGCCAGCCAAGGAGGUCAAGAGAAUCAAUAAGAGGGACUACACCUUCUGCAGCGAAGGCUGUAAGCUGCUCUACAAGCACGACCUGACCAAGCGCUGGGGGAAACACUGCAAAAUCUGUGCCUACUGCGCCUCCACUGCGCAGAAGGCCGUCACAGGCCAGUACGGGGGAAAGCUGGAGGACUUCUGCUCGGACGAGUGCAAGUCCCACUACACCCUGCUCUUCUGCCAGGUGGCUAAGUGUGACGCGUGCGAGCGCCAGGGGAAGCUGAUCGAGACCCUGCCGAUGUUGGGCGAGGUGAAGCACUUCUGCAACCUCCAGUGUCUGCUCCAGUUCUGCAGCCUGCAGACCCAGAACCAGGGCAAACCCCAGGGAGAAAAGGUGGCCAUCUCAAUCGCUCCAUCCCCCUCCAAUACUACCACUGCUACGAGUGUGUCUGAUCCGGUCAUCGCCAAUGUAAUCUCACUAGCCAGCUCCCCCACUGGCCAGCCCAACUACGCCAACACUUCCCUGCAAGGGACUGUUCCCAGCAGACAUGUGAAGUAUGUUGGAAAUGCCAGCACCCAGACACAGGCCCCCCGGGCACCUCCACCCAGGGCUCAGAAGAACAAGGCCCUGCUCUGCAAACCCAUGGUCCAGAACAAGGGCAUCAUGUGUAAACCCAACUUCACUACCACAGGGUGCCAGACAGAUGAUUUCCCCAAGGUGAUCAUAGUGCCUGUACCAGUGCCAGUGUAUGUCCCAGUUCCCAUGAACCUGUACACCCAGUACACCCCCCAGCCUGUUGGACUUCCCAUCCCGCUGCCCGUGCCCAUGUUUCUCCCGGUGACCCUGGAUAACGCCGAGCGCAUUGUGGAGACUAUCCAGGACAUCAAGGAAAAGAUCCCCUCUGACCCUUUCGAGGCCGACCUCAUCCUCAUGGCUGAGAUGGUGGCCGAUGAGGGGAGGGAGAAGUCCCCUGAGCGACCCCCUGAAAGGCCUCCAGCCCCAGUAGUACAAGACGACCAGGUCAGCACCUACAGUGGAGACCUGGACACAGACGAACUGAGCAACUUCCUCACCACUUGGGAUGACGAGCCACCCCCCACCCCUGGCGUCUCAUCGCGCCACAGUCGACCCUAUGCCCACGAGACGCUCCGACCCAUUGUGGACAUCAAUGUCUCCGCCACCCCCCCACCCCCCAUCAUGGACAUAGAGGCUGACUUCCCAGUCCAAACCCUGGAGCUGAUGGCCCAUUGGCGGGAUCAGGAGAGGGAUAGAAGUCCCAGUCCACCUCCUUCUCCUCCACGACGAAGAGCCAGAAGGAAAGCUCGGGAUGGCUUGCCACAGAAGAAAAAGAAGCGUAAGUCGAGAGCAGCAGAGACUGUGUCAGUUGUGCCUUCGCUGGCUGCGGCCAAGAGUGACGUGGUGCCCGGCGAGCCCCCCAAACUGCAGCACAUGUACGGGGUGGACGCCUGGAAGAGAUGGGUCCAAUGGAGCAAGACCCAGCCUGACCUGGAGAAACCUCGAUUUGGCUCGCGGCCAAUGGAGAUAAAGGAGGAUGUUUUAAAGUGCACAACAGCAGAGCUGAGCUACGGUCUCUGUCGGUUUAUUUGUGAAGUUAAACGACCCAACGGCGAGUCCUACAGCCAGGACAGUCUUUUCUAUCUCUGCCUCGGCGUCCAGCAGUACUUAUUUCAGAAUGGGCGCAUGGAGAACAUAUUCACUGAUCUCUUCUAUGGCAAGUUCACCCUGGAGAUCACCAAGCUGCUGAAAGACUUCAAACCUACCAUAACCGCCAGUGGCUACCUGCACUCGCGGGUGGAGGAGGAGUACCUGUGGGACUGUAAACAGCUGGGGGCCUACUCUCCCAUCGUGCUGCUCAACACGCUGCUCUUCUUCUGCACCAAGUUCUUCCAGUUCAAGACGGUGGCUCAGCACCGCCAGCUCUCCUUCGCCCACGUCAUGCGCUGCACUAAGUCCAUCCACGACAACACCAAGUCCAACUUCCUGCGCUUCUACCCGCCCAUCCCCAAGAAGGACCUCGCUACUGAGACAGCAGCCGAUGCAGACGGUGUGGCAGCGAAGAGGAAGAGGGAGGACGAGGAGAAAGAGGAGGUGCUGGAGAUGAUGGAGAACAGUGAGAAUCCCCUCCGCUGUCCUGUCCGAUUGUACGAGUUCUACCUCUCCAAGUGCUCGGACUCGGUAAAGCAGCGCACCAACGUGUUCUUCCUGCUCCCGGAGCGCUCGUGCGUCCCCAACAGCCCCAUGUGGUUCUCCUCCCAGGGCCUGGACGACCACACCUUGGACACCAUGCUGACACGCAUCCUCACCGUCAGGGAGAUCCAUUUGGGAGACCCCCAAAGAAACGAGCCCCAAUCCAAGGACCCUGAGUGGACCCCUGACCAAGACAGUGACGAGACUGAUUGACUAUGAGGAAUGGUGCCCACACACACACACACAGUUAGAAGCUCUUGUUUGCAUACAUACACACACGCACGCACACACACACAAACUACGUGUUGAUCCGUAAGGACUCCAGCCAUGUGUGAAGAGUUGUGUGAUCGCACAUGGUGUCUAAGGUAUGGACUGAGAAUGUGUCGUGUACACAAAAUGUAUAGGGAAUGUGUGUAAACGCAAUUAUGAACUGACGCUCAACCACACAACUGGGACUGAAGAGAGACACUGUUCAUGCUGUCUGGUCUUUCAAAAUCAAGUGGAGUAAACCGAAGGAAUCACUUUAAGAAGAAUCACAUUACUGCAUUUGUGAGCGUGGUUGGGGUCAAUACCAUUUACAUUCCAGUCAAUUAAGAAAGUGAACCAAACUCCCAUUCAAAGUGUUACCAAUUGAAAAGCAUUAAAGAGAAUUUGAAUUUUAGUGUACUUCCUGAAUUGAAAUGGAAUUGACCCCAACCCUGGUGAGCAUAAUUGUGGUCAUAGAAAGAAACGAGUUUGGUUAACAAGUUCUUUCACUUCACAAUACGAUGCAAUGCUCUCCAGCCCUAAUUAAUAUGUACUCCGAUUGGGAAGACGCUUUUAAGAAGUUGCCUAUCACAUGGAGCAUAAGUCAAUCUGACCAAGUCCUUUCUAAUGCAGAGUUCUUAUUUCUGGGAUCACUACAAAUGAGGACGCUUUGAAAAUGUUGUUUUUUAUUAUUACAGAUGUCAUUCAGCCAUGUCAACAACGUUGUUUUAGUGAUUUUGACUAUUUCUGGUGUUUGCUGUUGUUUAUGGAAUGAGAACAUUGACCAAACGCCGAGGGAUAUAACAUGCUGUCAAUAGUGUUGUCCAAGUCCAUUGCCUACUAAAAUUGGUGGGAGGCAGACCCAUGCCAUUUAAUUGUCUAUUGCGUUAUAUUUGGAGUCAUUUGAACUUGUCAAAAUGCUUUGACACAUUAGUGCUCCCACAUGCAUACACAAGAACGCAUGUGUAAUGUUGUUUUGGGGGGGGGGGGGGGACAUUGUCAUUCUGUGUUUCCCUAUGUAGAAUAUCCAAACACUUGUGAUUUGGUGUGAUAUCAGGAAUAAGGAGAGAACCCUGAAUCCUCAAAGUGGAAUUAGAAAUGAGUAUGCUGUAGUUUGAGGCCAUAUUGACAGUUUAUUCUGCAAAGACGAGCAAUUUUACAUUAAGUGCCCCCCAUAAUGGUUCUCAGCGUCUCUUCGACUUUGUUCUGAGAAACUUUUGUAUCCAAAUAUUAUUUUUAAAUAAAUGCCGAAAAACUAA